AUGGCUGCAUCACCAACCGCCGUCGUCGUCGACAACUUCAUCAAGCAGGUGUCCACGAUUUUCAAGAGCAACGGCUACAUUGACUUUCCCGGCGCGCAGCUGCAGGUCUUGCCAGAAAACCACUGCAUUCUUGAAUGGGACACUCCCCAGGACGACAGCUGCCCAGGUCACAUCCUGGAAUGGGACGACACAGACCCCGACUACAUCAUCGUCACCAGCUCUCAGUACCCGAAAAAAGUUGCCUCUCGCAAGCCCAACUCGCCAGGGUCCUUGCGCUUCAUGGUCCCAACCAAGAUUGAACGCGGGAUGCGAGAGCUCGUCCGCGACACAAUGGAGGACCUCCAUUCGGAUCCAGGGCUCCAGGAGAAGGCUGGAAUAAAGUCUGUUAGCCUCGUGGAGGACACGCCACGCAAAGCAGUUUGGCAUCUUACACGAACUGAGGAGCAACGAGACUGA